AUGCCAGAAAUCCUCCUCCCAGACACAGCAUCCAUCACCUCCUCGACCGCCUCCUCCCUCCUCCUCUUCGCUGAUUACCAAACGACGCUGACUCGUCGGAAAUCCCUCCCUUUGCGCCGCUUAUCAGUGUGGCUCUCGCGCCGUAUCUCCAAGCAGGGAUUAAACGCCACCUACGAUAACGGUUAUACCCACGACCACGACCACGCUCACACCCACACCCACCAUCAGAAUCACAUCCACGAUGCCAAUGGCUACGACAGAGAGAAAAUUACCCCCGACCUCAAUCACCGCAAAGUGAGAGAGUACGAGGCAGAGCGCGAUCUCUCCGAGUCCUAUGCGGCGUAUUGUCGGGCCUUCACGUCGGCGGGCCAGCACCUCCAUCACCAGAAACGCAGGACGUGGAUGAUGGACGGGGAGGCGGAUCGCACGAUGAUUUCUGAGAAUCCCAUGCACGGACAUGCCAAUGAGGAUGGGGAAGGCGUCCUCGAUGAGAAACGGGAGACAGUACCCGCCGAACCGGUACCCGUGCCCUCACCGGCCCCCGAACUAGAGCCAUCGCCGCCGCCUCAGAUCCUCACGCCGUCGCUGUACGCCGAGAUGCGUCGGGCGGCCUGCGAGAAGAAACGAGCAAGGCAACGGCUACGGCAACGCCAGUUGUGGUCGUGGUCGUGGUCGUGGUCGUGGGUCUCUCACAUUCGUCACCGCGAGUCUCACUGA